GGCAUUUGUUCGUCUAUAUCACACCUCAAAUCUCAACUUUCCUUUUGAAAAGUCUUAUCUAAGUCGUCUCCUUUGUUUCUUCCAUUCAAUUUCCUUUAUCAGACACACAUCGUGUGUCACACCACACUUCUACUUUCUUCUCUCUCCUUCUUUCCCUAAUUGACAUUAUAUACUAGACACACCCCCUCAAACCAUCAUCCUCUCCCCUCCACAUACCUCACCAUGGAUUUUAAGACACCUCUCUUUCUCUUGUUUGUUCUUGUCUCAACUUCCCAGGCCCUCAAAUUCGAUAUUGGCGGAAGUUCUGGAUGGUCUCUUAACCCUUCCGAGAAUUACAACCAGUGGUCCGGAAGGAACAGGUUCCAAGUCAAUGACAUUCUAGUUUUCAAGUACAAGAAGGGUUCAGAUUCGGUGUUGGAAGUGACGAAAGAAGCUUAUGAUAAAUGCAACAAAACAAACCCAAUCAACAAGUUCGAAGAUGGUAACACAGAGUUUACUUUGGAUCGAUCUGGACCAUUCUAUUUCAUCAGUGGAAAUGAUCAAAAUUGUGAAAAGGGUCAGAAAUUAGCCCUUGUUGUUAUAUCCCCACGAGGACACACACCAUCCUCUCCUUCUCCUUCACCAUCUACUGCAACUCCAUCUCCCUCUGCAACCUCUCCAUCUCCUUCUGUUUCAACUUCUCCCACUGCAAAUUCACCAUCCGUGAGUACGCCUCCAGCCGGUGAACCUACGGCUCCACCUCCUACCGCGGGUGGACCACCUGCUCCAUCACCGUUAUCUCCUUCCGUGGGAGCUUCACCGCCAUCUCAAUCUCCAACUAUACCAGCAGAUGGUACCGCGCCGUCGGGUUCAGCGUCUCUUGCACCUGGGGCAGCAGCGGUUCCACCGGCCUCAUCUGAUUCAAUAGCGCCUUCGACUUCUCUGGUGUAUUCCGUUGCAGUUGUUGUCGGUGCUGUGUUUGUGUGUUACGGAAGCAUUUUGGGUUGAAACAUGAAUCAGCGGUAUGAUUAUGUUGUAAUAAAUUUUUCGGAGAUUGCUAUGUUUACUUGGUUGGGUAUGAUUAAUAAGCAUCAUUUCGUUAUUAUCAUUUUUAGUUUCUUAUUUAUUUGGGUGUUUUCAUUGGUGUAUUUGUUGUAGAACGAUUUGGUGUAGAACGAUUCUAUGAUAUUUUUCAGUUUUGUGUAUCAUUGUUAUGCUAUUAGGUGUAAUAACAAUGAAGUUGAUUUAUAUUCCUACUUUAA